GCUCAUCGUUCUUCCUCGUCUCACCACUCUCGUUCCAGACGCACAACUAAAAGUCACCAUCACCCAUCUCGAGCUUCAAGACACUCAACUCGCGAAUCAACGCAUCGAAGUCGUGACCUCCAACCAGAACUGGACUCCCCUCCAAGACGAAGCAAGUCAGAAAUCCGGAUCGACAGAAAUGACAAAGUGAAAAACAGAACCAGCUCCAGCAAGGUCGCAUAUAAACUCCCAGCGGGGAUAGUGUGGCCUCCUGGAAUGGAGAAGGAGUGUAUCGCUCGACUUGGUCUUGAUGGUCAUCAUCCAAUUGCACCUCCUGGUCUAGAGCACCUGGUGACAGAAGAGCAAUGGGGAGACUACUGGACGUGGCUGCACUGGUACUCGUCGUGGCAGAUGUGGUAUUUGAAGAACGACAAGAAGCCGAAGCGUGGAUUGGACAAGGAGAAGCGACGUCGUCGACACGCAGAUGAAGACGAAUCUCGGGACUUUGAAGCAAAAUACCACAACAAACACGAUCCCCACAACGCGAACUGGUGGGUCGAUGUCGGUACCAGCAAGCGCAAGCACCGACGAGAUCGACAUCAUUGACCUAAAGUUGGCUGAAUAGGACAGCCAAUUCAAUGCAAAGUUGGAU